AUGGCGGUGGCACACUUUGACUCCUUCAGUUCUCCGAUGAGAGAUUCCUUCCCACCGGAAGAUCAGGAAUCCCCUUCCCCGGUAGGUGCGGAUCUUGACGGCCACGUCUUGGAAGACCUUGAUCUACGGCACGAGGCCACGAGGGGUGACCACCUCGAACCCCCGGAUGCAAUCAUCGAGGUUGAGCCCGCUCCUGAAGGACUGCCACUACCAACAGUGGUAGAAACGGACCGUUGCGCCCAAGUAGAGAAAACAAGCAGAACGUGCAGUUGCUGGAAAACUUCCAUGUCCCAUAUAGUUGCCUUUUUGACUGUUUGCUGUUUUGUGUUCGUCACGGCCACCGUCGCAUGCCGCCUGGCGAUAGGAAAGAGUCCAACUGAACCCGCAAUAAUUUUCACUGUUACCUGCAUUACCGUGGCAGUCGGGAUAUGGGGGAUUAUUGCACGGAGUCAAGGACUGACCAUGGGCUAUGGCUGCCUACUCGUUAUAUUAACUGUAACGACGAUCAUUUGCGGCUCCUUAGAGGCAGAGCGUUUCACAGAAGAAUUUGCAGCAUUGCAGGAACUGAACGGGAAACCCAGCUUGACCCCUGACGAUGAGCAGCAAGUGAAAGACAUCUCGGAAUCGCUCAAGAUCCUGGCAGCCUUCGUGGCUCUUUAUUUCCUCUGUGCCGCCCUGGUCCUUGUCACAAGCAUCCUUACUUUCAAGUUGCCUAGAAAUCUAGCCGAAAAAGAGCGAGAAAGCAAACUAGGGGAUGCGCAGGAGAAUCAUGAUGAAGCCAAAAAGGCGCAGGUGACACAAGGAACGAACCGAUGUGAAGAUGACAAGCAGAAGGAAACACCUUCAUCGGCAGAUGCCAAUAUUCCCCUGGCGCCACCGCCCGUAGUAGACCCAACGGCGAUAACGGACGACGCUGAAGGUGGUGAGCCCAAUGAAAAUUGA